UACAAGAAUAAUUAGCAAAACAAAAUAUCAAGGAAGCAAGCUUUAUGUUUGGGGGUUAAAUAAAGAGAAAAAAAAGAUCAUCAAAAUUGCAUGAAUCCAGGAAAUUGAUCCACCCACUCAUCAAAAACCCAUAACAAAAAGGCAAGUGACAGAAAGGAGAGGAGAGAGAGAAAUUUCUCCGAAAUCAAUUCAAUUCAAUCGUUCGAUCAAUCGAUCAAUUCAAUAUUUUUUUCUAGGUUUUCCUAAAACCUAAUUUCAUCAAAUCAAAAUUUAAAAGUUGAAGAAAUCUUGAGGUUUUAGAGUGCGUUCAACAAUGGCGAAUUUGUAUGUGAAGGCGUCACCACCGCCGGAUCUGAACAGAAACACAGAGUGGUUUACAUAUCCAGGAGUAUGGACGACAUACAUCUUGUUCCUCUUCUUUGCCUGGCUUCUUGUUCUUUCUGUCUCCGGUUGUACUCCUGGCAUGGCUUGGACCAUCGUCAACCUCGGUCACUUCGCUGUUACAUAUCAUUUUUUUCACUGGAAGAAAGGAACCCCGUUUUCUGAUGAUCAGGGAAUAUAUAAUCGCUUGACUUGGUGGGAGCAAAUUGAUAAUGGGAAGCAGCUUACGCGUAAUAGGAAAUUUUUGACUGUUGUGCCUGUGGUGCUGUAUCUCAUAGCUUCACAUACAACAGAUUACGAGCAUCCAAUGCUUUUCUUCAACACAAUUGCGAUGAUCAUCUUGGUCAUAGCCAAAUUCCCUCACAUGCACAAGGUUCGGAUCUUUGGUAUCAAUGGCGAUCAGUAAGGCAGUGUAGCAGUCUGCUCGCUAUAACACACUCCGAGUCAAAGGUGACUUCUGAUCCUUUUCUCCAUCAACUACUGGAACUGUGAAGGACAUUAUUGUAUAGGAAAACCAGAAAGGAAAACGGUUAUGGAUGAUGUAAUGCUCUUUUGUAUCACCAAAACUCUAAGCCUUCGUGAAAAAAAAAGAUGUUGAACAAACAAAUAGUUCAUCUUUUGUACAGCAAUAUCGUAUGUUCUUUUAGGUCUUUGUUUUCUGAAAUGAGCAUGAUUUUGGUGUUCCGGUACUAUCUUCCCUGAACCUUUUUAUUUGUAAUGGAAGAGAAACUUGUUUAAUAGAUUUGUAUACUUGUAUCAGUAUUGGUUUCAUCAAAAUCAACGCAUUAGCUUCAAAUAUUGAAGCCCAUAUCAAAAUUUCAUGUAUUGGAUUUGUAUUUUUAAAAACA